CCUUAUAUCUCUCACCACUCUUCGCUCCUUCCCUAACCACAUUCCUUUCCACCUACCCUCUCUCUCUCUCUCUCUCUCUCUCCUCUCCAUUUUUGGCAAUUCCAAAGUCCCCAUUCUUCUCUACCAUAUAUGAAGAAAUCUUUCACACACUUCUCUUCAUAACCAAACUGAACCUGCACACAAAACCGUCGCAGCACACCACUGAGAAAGACUCCAACUUUCUUAGCUCUCCUUCGGUUUGCGGGUUCAAAUUGUGGGGUUUUUAGCUUUCUUUUCUUUCUUCGAUAAUGGAUCCGUGCCCAUUCGUCCGGAUCCUAAUCGGAGACUUGGCCCUCAAGCUUCCCGUCGCUUCGAAGCCAUCCUUCUCCGGCACCGUCCACCCGUCGGCGUCUCCCUGUUUCUGCAAGAUCAAACUCAAGAACUUCCCUCACCAAUUCGCCGCCAUUCCUCUCAACCGAGACGCCAACUCUCGCUCUCUCGCCGCCUGCUUCAGCCUCGACAAGGCCCAGUUCGAAAGCCUCGCCGCCAAGCCGCAGUGCCUGAAGAUCAAGGUAUACACGGGCCGGAGAGGCUCCACGUGCGGCCUCAACGCUUCCAAGCUUCUGGGCAAGGUCUCUGUGCCGUUGGAUCUCAGGGUCGCCGAAUCCAGGCCCUACGUUUUCCAGAACGGCUGGGUUUCGAUUGGAAAGAAGGACAACAAGGAGUCAUUGAACUUAUCUUCGUCGCAGUUGCGUUUGUGCGUUCGGGCCGAGCCCGACCCGAGAUUCGUUUUUCAGUUUGACGGAGAGCCCGAAUGUAGUCCACAGGUUUUUCAGGUCCAAGGGAGUGUAAAACAGCCCGUUUUCACUUGCAAGUUCGAUUUCAGAAGCUCCAGUGAUCUCAAAAACAGUUCGGUGACGGAACCAAAUACGUCGAGAAGUUGGUUUGUUCCUUCUCUGAAGAUCCAAAAGGAGCAAAAAUACACGAAGGAAAGGAAGGGGUGGUCGGUGACGAUCCACGACCUCUCCGGUUCGCCGGUUGCGGUGGCGUCGAUGGUCACACCUUUCGUGGCGAGCCCCGGCUCGGACCGGGUGAGCCGGUCCAACCCGGGGGCGUGGCUGAUCCUCCGCCCCGGCGAGGGCACGUGGAAGCCCUGGGGCCGGCUCGAGGCGUGGCGCGAGCGCGGCGGCACGGACUCCGUGGGCUACCGCUUCGAGCUCCUCGGCGACGACGCUACUCCCGCCACGCUGGCAUGCUCCGCCGUCAGCGCCGCUGCUGGAGGGAAGUUUUCCAUCGAUGUGACGUCGAGCAUCGUCUCCUCUCCGGCGAUCAGUCCCCAGAGCAGCAUCGAUCUCGGGUCCGGUUCCGGGUCAAGACCCGGGUCGAGGGCGGGAUCCGGGUCUGGGUCGGACUUCGGUGUCGGAUUGUCGAACAGAGGAUUUGUGAUGUCGUCGACGGUGGAGGGAGUGGGGAAGAAGAGCAAGCCGGAGGUGGAGGUGGGGGUGCAGCAUGUGACGUGCUCGGAGGAUGCGGCGGCGUUCGUGGCGUUAGCGGCGGCCAUGGAUCUGAGCAUGGAUGCUUGCAGAUUGUUUUCGCAGAAGCUACCCAAGGAACUCAGGCAGUAGAGAGAGCCGGGGGAGGUUGUCGUUGUUGGGAUUAUUUGUCGUUUUGGGUGGGGGUAGGUUAAGUUGUUUUGGUUGUUUGGCCUUUGGAUACUUUCUUCGGGACAGUGACUAACAGCAGUUUUUUAGCUGGAAUAUUUUUUCUUUUUCUUUUAUUAUUAUUAGAGGAAGAUGUACAGUGAGGAAUGAACAGGAAGAGAAUUUUUUUUUCUAUUA